AUGACCUGCAAAGAGGAACACUACACACGCGAAAGCCAUGCUCCCAUCCUACGCCUUCAACUUCAGCUCACUAGCAUCGCCUACGGUUACAUCCGCAACCGCAAUGCAGAGCGCCAACGACGCAUCGACAGGCUCAAUGUCGCUGUUCGCGCGCGCAACGAAAUCACCAUUAAACUCAACCAAAUGCGGCAGAAAGUGCGCGCGUGGAUGCGCGAAGUAGCCGCUGUUCGACUUCAAACCACGGAGAUGUUGAGAAAGUUCAGGGCAGAUUCAACUUCGGUUACACCGGGGGAUUGGCAAGCGACGUUCAAAGGCCAGCGGUACAAGCUUGCGAUCAUAUGUGGCAGAAAGGAACUGGAACGCUGGCCUGCGGGCGUGCCGAGCUUGAAUCUCAUCGCGCUGUCUAUAUAUCGGUGGGAGCAAAUUAAGGCUCAUGAGAAGAUAAAGGAGGCUCAUCAGAUGAGAAAAAGGGUCUGUGACGAGAAGAAGGCUCACGAGACGAAUGAGGAUGGUGAGAAGCAUGAGGCUCGUGGUGUCAAGGCUCACGAGAAGAAGAAGGCUCACGAGAAGAAGAAGGCUCGGACGCAGAAACGGCUUGAGGCUUUUACGCGGCCGAUGGACAGCGGUGACGAGGACGAGACCAACGCAAUGGAAACACCCAAGAAAUUCGCUGCUAACGGUGGAAAGCUAAAGGGAGCGCCUGUCAACUCCAAGGACUCGUCCGCCAUCGAGGAAGAAUUUGCGCGUACCGAAUUCCAGGUUAAGCAAGCUAAAAAGCAACAUGAAUAA